AUGGGUAGCAGUAGUAUUAUAUCAUUAUCUAUUGAAGAAACCAACAUAAUACGAGCAUCUUUUGGAUUAAAACCAAUUCCAAUACCGAACAAUAAAAAUGAACGGAAACAUUUUAAUAAUAAUAAUAAUAAUAAUAAUAAUAAUAAGUUUAAUGUAGACUAUUUGAAUGCUUAUGAGAAAAAAAACGAUCACAUCGAUGGUACUAUUAGGGAUAACAGUUUAACCACAGAAUCAGUUAAAGUUAAUUCUAAUAAGACUUCAAAAUUCAUGCAUCUGCACGACCAUACUGAUAUUGAUACCAAAUAUACGAAUAUUUUGGAAACGAAUAUUAACAACACAAAUGAAAAAAGUGAUGAUGGCGAUUGGUUGUCAAAUAUCAAAAAAGUAGUACCAAAAAUGAGAGUAAAACAACAGAAAACAACGCUUGAAGAUAACGAAAGAGUUAUUAGUACUAAUAAUAAAGAUAUUAAAAAAAUAAUCACCAAUAAAUUAAUUCUAACGUUACAAGAGACAAAUGUUUUAGAUAAUGACAAGGAUGCAGAUGACGAUAAGUUGGUUUCUAAUGACGCUUUUGACUUUAUUUCUGAUGCUAAAGCUGCUGGAGAUGAUGCUCAUAAAAAAGGCUUUGCAUUUUUUACUAGUACUCGUACUUCUACUGCUAUAAACAGGGAUAGUCAACACGGUAAACCACAAGAAGCAGUGAUUUCAAACAGUACUGCCGUUGCCUCUACUGGAACCAAAAAAGAUGGAAAUAAAAUAAGAGUUUUAUUUGAUUCAGAUGAAGGUGAUAGUAAUGAUGCAACUAAUAGGAUUGACUAUGCAGAAAUAAAAAUAAAGAAAAGACAAAAAAAAAAAAGAAUAGCUUUAAAAGAGUUAAGAUAUCAACAAGUAUACCUAUAUUGA